AUGAAUUCCUCGACAAAUCCCACGUUUCCGGAGUUCAAUACAAGUUUUAGCAAUACUCCAGAUUUAUAUGCAACUAGUGUUAGUGUAGAACCAACCAACGGAUUAGAAACAGACGGAUACUAUGCCUGCGGCACUUUCAACUGCUCCCCAACGGAAUUUGUGGCUUUCGUUCUUGGUCCGCAGACCCUGCCACUUUAUAAGGCGAUAUUGAUAACCAUUAUAUUUGGAGGCAUUUUCAUAACCGGGGUCAUUGGUAACUUAUUAGUAUGCAUUGUAAUCAUUCGUCACUCGGCAAUGCACACUGCGACAAAUUACUACCUCUUCAGUUUGGCUGUCUCUGAUCUGCUGUACUUACUAUUCGGACUACCAACGGAAGUGUUUUUAUACUGGCACCAGUAUCCAGAUCUCUUUGGCAUGCCAUUUUGUAAAAUUCGCGCUUUCAUUUCCGAGGCGUGCACUUAUGUCUCUGUAUUUACUAUAGUAGCAUUUUCCAUGGAACGAUUUUUGGCUAUUUGCCAUCCGUUGCAUCUAUACGCUAUGGUUGGCUUCAAACGUGCUAUUCGGAUAAUAACAGCUCUUUGGAUUGCAAGUUUCAUAAGUGCCAUACCAUUUGGAUUACUCUCGGAUAUUCAGUACCUGAAGUAUCCAUUAGAUGGUUCCAUCAUUCAGGAAUCUGCAUUCUGCUCCAUGUCUCCCGAGAAAGUUAAUGUUAUACCAGUAUUUGAGGUAUCCUUUUGCAUAUUCUUCGUCAUUCCGAUGAUACUUAUCAUAUUACUCUACGGACGAAUGGGAGCUAAGAUUCGGUCUCGGACCAAUCAGAAAUUAGGUGUUCAACAUGGCACCAAUAACAGGGAAACUCGAAACUCCCAAAUGAGGAAGAAGACAGUUAUUCGUAUGUUGGCCGCUGUGGUGAUAACAUUUUUUGUCUGCUGGUUUCCAUUCCACCUGCAACGGCUUAUUUUCCUGUAUGCCAAGAAUAUGGAAAACUAUUUGGAUAUAAACGAAGCUCUCUUUUCAAUUGCGGGAUUUGCGUACUACGUUUCAUGUACCAUCAACCCUAUAGUAUAUAGUGUAAUGUCUCGACGCUAUAGGGUGGCUUUUCGGGAACUUCUCUGCGGAAAAGCCGUUGGUGCGUAUUAUAACAGUGGAUUCGCAAGGGAUCACUCUAGCUUCCGGGAAAGCACGGGCACCAGUCUGGGUAACAACAUCAAUUAUGAUCGGGUCCAUUCCGUUCACGUCAGAUCAAGCCGGCAUCAAAAUAUUAAGAAUGAAGCUGAAUCCUUAUCUGCAAAUAGAGUGCUGAUUAAGAAAACAUACAGUCUUCCGCUACCAAAGAAUGCGGAUUCCACUGUUCUGAGCACAACAGACAUUGUAAUUGUACUAGAAAAUAGCCACACAGUUUGUGAGGAGCCCAAAGUUGAGAACGAUAUUUGGAUCGAAAAUGAGGAAACUUGUAUUUAAGCAGGAAGCCAUUUCAACAUUUCUAUAUUAGGCUUAAGAGGUCGAGUGAAAAACCUAAGGUUAUGUGCACAACAUUUUUUGUAGUAUUAAUUUAAGAGCUUAGAUUUGUCUAUGUAGAAUCGUAGGUCCAAAUAAGUUAGUCUGUUCCAGGAAUUCGACUAAUUUUUAAAAGCUUAGCACAAAGGAGAUUAAAUUAUUAUCUUAUUGAAUAAAAAAUAAAUGAGUUUUAUAA